CAUGUGCACAAAUGACGUCGCUCUGACUGAGUCCGACCGACUCCUUUCGUUUGUUUUUAUUACUCUUUUUAUCUAGGGCCCAGAAUCGGUAAUUUGCAAAUUUGCGGCCAUAAUGUGAGAUCAUCUGCCGCUGUCGUCCGACCCGUCGCUGCCGUUCGUCCUGUCAGGAGCACUGGCUCCUCGCUGUUGAGGAUUACUAGUGAUAAUACGCAGUAGACUUCUCCAGUGUGUGUCUAGCUGUCAAACUGACAACUAUGUAUUGGAAAGAGUGAGGGCAGAGCGCAUUUGUUGAUAUUUAUUGACUUUGCUUUUUUGCGUGUCUUUUUUCGUCCUCUGGAUUAUCGCUGCCCAGCAACACGGCCACCUGACAACUCUGAAUGUCGUAAUUAAGGUGAAUCAAUGAGCCAGCAAUGGAGACCAAAAGAUACCAAAGUUUCUUUGACGGAAGCGAUACAGAGAACAGAUGGUCGCAGGUUCCCGGCACCAUGGAGAACUGCUGCAGCACAGAGGAUUCAAGUCUGACUAGCAGUGAUAUCCUGAUGGACAUAGUCAAUGUCAGCUGCCCUGCUGGAAGCCCGGCCACCGACUGCAAAGACAACAAUACAAAGAAGCAGGAGCAGCCAAUGCUUCGGCUCAGCCAGAACCAGCCAUUUGUUCUCCCACACUUCAACAACUCUGUCCAUGGUCAUAAGCAGGAAAUGGACUCCAAGGAGCUUUCCAAGACUGUGGCUGAGUCUAUGGGCCUGUAUAUGAAUGCUGCCAGGGAGGCAGACUUUGCCUUUAGCCAGCAUGGGGGUAGUACCAGCCCUGGGAAGAUGUAUCCAGUGUGUGGACGGGCUCUAGAGGAAGCCCAGUGUGGUUCCACAAAGAGCCCCAAGUUAAAGCCAUUUGGUUUCCCGCAGCCCAGCACCACUCCCAGAGAAUGCAGCGCUGGCACUCCAGUUAGUUCAGCUACAAUGCUGGCCUCAUCUCUGUCCUGCAGCCCCCAGACGUCCAGCUCCAUCUCUAGCCCCGGGGGCAGCAACAACAUGGUGUCUUCAACCACCAGUCCCCCUACGUGUUUUGGACCGGUGUGCUCGUCCGUCAGUAGUCCUGUCAGCCAGACGUCUUGUGCUGCUACUCUGGCCCACAUCAAGCGCAGGAAUUCAGCCACAUGUAGCCCCGUGGAGUCCAGCACAGUGGGCUCACCACCUCUCACCAGCCCGCUCAACGUCAUGAGGUCCCCCAUGUCCAGCCCCCAGAGUAUGAGUAGUGUGAGAUCGCCUCCGUCCUGCAGCACCACCUGUAACAUUAGGUCAUCCGUCUCGAGCCCCACAGGUGGCAGCUGUACCGGUACUGCCAACAACUGCAACACUGCGAGGCCCUCCAUCUCCAGUCCGGCCACAGGGGGAACCAUGGCUGUCAGCAGCCCACAGAACCCCACCUCAGGUGGGUUUCCUGUGUCCAGUCCUGCUGGUGGACUGGGUUUGGUGCAGAAUGACACCAACAGUCCAGAAGCAGCAGGUCUGACCAGAGAUACGGACUUCAAGAACUUUGAAUUCCCUAAAGUAGAGAUGGUAGACGGGGAAGUGUUCAACGUCGGCUUAGACCAGAUGGGCAUGGUUAAGUACAUUAAGAACGAGCCUGGAACUGACUUCAGGAGCAUGUGUUUAGGCAGCUCCAAAUGUAAUGCGAGUAGCACACCUUUUAUCACACAGAUUAAGAGUGAGCCAAACAAAAAUGAGGGAUGUAUGAACCAACAGCCCUACGGUGAGCAAUCACCAUCUCUUGGUCUCUUUCCUGCAUCUGAGACCACCUAUUUGUCCCUGAGGAAUAAUAUUGAUGAAUACAGUCUUUCUGGUAUCUUAGGACCCCCUGUCUCCUCUAUAAAUGGGAACUAUGAGCCCGAUGUGUUCUCCAACAAUGUCCUGUCUAAAGGGGUUAAGCAGGAGACCACUGAUGGCAGCUAUUACCAAGAGAAUAACAGCAUGCCCACAUCGGCCAUUGUUGGAGUUAAUUCCGGUGGACAUUCAUUCCAUUACCAGAUUGGAGCGCAAGGAACAAUGUCUUUCACACGGCAUGAUGUGAGGGACCAGUCCAACCCUUUGUUGAAUCUAAUUUCGCCUGUAACGGCGUUAAUGGAGUCAUGGAAAUCUCGGCCGGGCAUGUCACAGGGGUCACUGUCAGCCAGAGGUGAGGGAUACCUGGGUCAGAACUGCAUCACGGACAGCAUGUCGAGCUCGCCACUGAGACAACCGUCCUCAACGGCCAAAGUGUGCCUGGUUUGUGGAGACGAGGCAUCAGGAUGCCACUAUGGUGUCGUGACGUGUGGAAGCUGCAAAGUCUUCUUCAAGAGAGCCGUGGAAGGUCAGCACAACUACCUGUGUGCCGGGAGGAAUGACUGUAUCAUUGACAAGAUCCGAAGGAAAAACUGUCCGGCAUGUCGCGUACGGAAGUGUCUCCAGGCCGGGAUGAACCUAGGAGCACGAAAGUCCAAGAAGUUAGGGAAGCUGAAGGGUGUCAGCGAGGACCUGCAGGGCUCUAAGGACAGCCAAACUGCCACAGGUGGCGUUGGCGGUUACCUGUCCUCGGAGAAGGAGCUCAACGCCAGCGCUGCCAAUGCCCUGGUGCCCCACGGGCCUGGGGUGGUCACACCUUUUCUGCCGCCCUCCAUCUGCAGCGUGUUGGAGCUGAUCGAGCCUGAAGAGGUGUAUUGUGGCUAUGACAACUCGCAGCCUGACACCACUGACCACCUGCUGUCCAGUCUCAACCGCCUGGCCGGAAAGCAGAUGGUACGCAUGGUGAAGUGGGCCAAAGUACUUCCAGGUUUCCGGGGCCUGCCCAUCGAGGACCAAAUCACCCUGAUCCAGUACUCGUGGAUGUGUCUGUCCUCCUUUUGCCUCAGCUGGCGCUCCUACAAACACACCAAUGGACAGAUGCUCUACUUUGCCCCUGACCUCAUCUUUAACGAGGAGCGCAUGCAGCAGUCAGCCAUGUACGACCUGUGUCUGGGCAUGAGGCAGGUGAGCCAGGAGUUUGUACGACUGCAGCUAACCUACGACGAGUUCCUCUCCAUGAAGGUCCUUCUGCUUCUCAGUACAGUUCCCAAAGAGGGUCUGAAGAACCAGGCGGCGUUUGAGGAGAUGAGGGUUAAUUACAUUAAGGAGCUCCGGCGUUCAGUGGGAAAAGCAACCAACAACUCUGGCCAAACCUGGCAGCGCUUCUUCCAGCUCACCAAGCUACUGGACGCCAUGCAUGAUCUGGUGGGGAACCUGUUGGACUUCUGUUUCUACACCUUUCGCGAGUCCCAGGCCCUGAAGGUGGAGUUCCCCGAAAUGUUGGUGGAGAUCAUCAGUGACCAGAUACCAAAGGUGGAGUCAGGCCUCACUCACACAAUCUACUUCCACAAGAAGUGACUCACUUAACAGUCGGGACAGAAGCGGCAUUAGGUAACUGGAAGAGAGGAGGAAGACGAAGAAGUUCAAGAAGAGAAAAACGUGCGAGAGAAGGCCAGACCAGUUGGCCCGCACCCGGUCGCCCAGUAUGCCAGCGUCCUCGUCUAGGAUGGGAAAGAUAAGUGACGUGGUGACGGGAGUUAAAAAAAAAAAAAAGAGGAGAACUGAUUUGACACUGCGAUCACCACAAGCGGGUCAGAGCUGUGAAUAGUUCGUGGAGAAAAGCGCGACACGCCGAGAAGGACUUUAGAGAAAUGUGACAAAGCAUCCCGAAGUAACUCCCCCUCCCCGCCCCAAAGACGAUAACAGUAUUUUCUAUGGAGAUAAAGCCAUACAUUUCUUAGAUGCGCUAGAUACAUUCACUGCGCACACACACAUACACAGACACACACACACACACACACACACACACACGUAGAGGGAAAUUGAUACACAUGCCGUCCACAUGCCUUCACACAAACGCACAGAUGCACUCCACAUGCACUAAAAUCAGAUUCCCUUACAAAUCUAGAGAGAGUUUUUGCAAAUAUUAAAUGUGGCUUAUGCAGUCUUUCACAAAUAAUAGCACUACGGAAAAAAAAAUUGCCAAUACUUAGAUUUCGCUUUGCAGUGUAGCAGCAUACUGCAAGACUACAAGGCAAAGGACAUAAUGAGGAGGCAGGAAUCUUUAGACUGUAAGGUGAAAGGUCUAUUUGAAUAUAAUCUAAGGGCUAUACAAGCAUCAUCAUAAGCUGAAUAAUUACUUUAAAUCUAACAAGUCCAAGUUUGAAUCUCAAUCGGUGUCAUAACAGCCAUCAUUAACAUUCAUAUACUGAUUUUUUUAAAUUAAAAUAUGUAGUAAAACAAUCAAAACUAAUAUGCAAAAGUCCAAAGCUAAAGCUGUUUUGAAAUAAUAAAAAAAAAGAACGUCUCUCUUGUGUAAAGAAAAGCUUGCACGUGAAGCUCCCAUUUCAUAAAGUCACUAUUUUAGGCAUUGUGGUGUAGAAUUAAGACAAUACUGAUGAGCGAUUUUACCUUUGUGCGAAAAUGGUCAGGAGUGCUGCAGGAUGGAAAAACAUCAUGCACUUACGGAAACGAUUUCGGUAGAGUCCGCUGGUAAUGGAUUUGACAGAGGUGCAUCCAUAGUAAUUGUGUUUUGUGUUAUCUCCAGAGCAGCUGUCCAAAUGUCUGUUUUUACUCACAAUGAAGCAAAACCAGCCCUUUGUGAACCAACACUUAUCUACUCUUCCCAGAAAUAAUAAAAAGCAUUUUAUAAAAGUGUGUUGCAAAGGUUUAGUUUUUUGACAAGCCAGUCAUUUUACAUUAAGGUGCUUCAUUUCUACAAAGCCAGGCAAAAGCAUAACAUGUACAGUAACGCGUAGACCGUCCAUACAAUACACUAUGUGGACAUGCAGUUUAAACACACAUACUCUGUAAAGUUGAUAUAAUCCAAAAUGCAGUGCUUACAGCAAACGGCUAAUGUAUCAAAAACCAGGCAAAUGUGUACAGGUAUUAACAACUUCUUAAACACAUUCUAUUCAGCGGUUGUACAGAAGAUGUUUUGAGGUACAUGUCGACGAAUGCUUGAUGAAGAACUGUUGGUAUGAUCACCUUUUCCUAAUUUAGUUUGUUUCCUUACUAGUAUCUUUGGGCAAAGUACUACUAUUUUAGGUAUGGCAGGCCCAGUCAUCUGGACCAUUAACUUGUCUCACACCCCACUGGUUUCUGGGUGGUUGUGGAACACUACUAUGAUGCUACUGAAAAGCGAUAGAGCCGCUGGGAAAGAAAAACAGUGGGGGCGUGUGAUUAUUUGUUUCUUUUUUUUUUAAUGUGCCCUGUGAGUGUGUAUUUACAUUUGUGUAUGGAGCGAGAAUGGCUUAAGUUUGUGUGUGUGCGUGUGUUUUUUUUUUGUUUUUUUUUUCUUUCUGGCAAGCAUGUGCACAGUUGAUCUGCUCUUUCAGUGUGGGUAUUAUGCAUUUAUGUUAUAGGAUUAGCCAUAUCCUAUUUCCACAUUUAGAUUUGCACAGAGGAGAUACAAUGUGAAAUGAGGCAUUAGUGCAGCUAGCAGGAAUUGUCUGUUUUGAUAAGCAACUGUGAUGAUGCGGGAAAAGACUUUCUGCAUGGUCACCCAGCCUAAAGUUAGACAACAUGACAUCAUUAGCACAGCCGGGUGCUGGUGUAAUAUAUUUGUGGCCUCAGCUCUCAUAAUGACGGCACUGUGCUACACUAGGAGGUCUCUUAUGUGGCAGUAAUUGUGUGGAGAUUGGUGUACAGAGAUGGCAGUGGCAUGACUGUCGUUAGGGACUGUACGAAAAUUAUUCGGGGCGUACAGAAGCGGGGGAGGGUUAUGUAUUUUUAAUUUUGGCUCAAGGGAUCUGGAUUUGAUAGAGCAGGAGGAGGGGGUUUCAACUUAUUAUCAUCCCAGAGUAAUAUUUUUUUUAUUCAUUCUAGGGCAGUUCUCAUAAGGAUUUUUCAAAUCAGAUGGCUCAUUAAAUGGUUUUUUAAACCCAAAUGUUUAGCAGACUGGCUGUUAUGUUUCCCAUGAAUAUAUGAUUUUGAUUUAUUGGGAGGGUCCAAAGAAAAUAUUAGCUAUGUUGUGUAGGGUCUGGCUCCUUUAUAAAAGAACAUAUAAGGUUCAGUCCCCCUCCCCUACACAAUCAUUUUCAUACAGUCCCUUGUCAGAAAGGCCUCAUUUUACAAUAUGUCUUUGUUGUGCAUUAUUGUGUUCAAGUUGUGAAGGACCCUUACGCUAUUCUCUCACUGUUUCUUUAUUUUGCCCCUUUUUUUGUCCUUUUUAAAGAAUAAAAAAAAUGUCAAAAGGUUCAUAGGAUGAAUGGGAAAGUAUUUUUGAGAGAAUUAUAUUUUGCUGGAAAACAAUAUUUAAGUACUUUGUCUAAAAAUGAUAUCCUUUUUGUAAAAUGAAAUGUUAAUGCAUGCUUUUUGAUGAGAUGUUUACAUUGUAUUUAAAAAAGGGAAACUUGUGCCUUUUUAUCUCACCUGAUUUACAAUUUUACAGUAUAUAUUGUAAAUAAUACGGCAAGUCCUUAUGUUGAGUAUAGUAUAAAACAUUUCUACUUUAACCAUCUUGUUGGAAUAUUGGAAAAAAAUGUGUGUUUCCCACUCGCCAUGUUCUGUGUGUUGGAUCACAGAGAAGAAUUUACAGUAAGGGUUGGUGCCAGAGAGGGCCAAAUAGAGAAAUGAAUGUAUCAUACAUUGUGAGAGACUUAUGGAACUUACUACCUGAAUGUUAGAGAGAGUACAUUUAUCUUCUUAUUAAGUAAAGUUAUUUGAUUUUGCAACUUUUUUUUUUUUUUUUACUUUUUGCAUCAUUGUCCAAGUGGCUCAAACAGAAAAAAAAAAUAAUAAUAAUAAUCAAAAAGUAUUUCUUAUUUUGUAACAAGAUGUAUCAAGUGAUGGAUCCUUGAGUUGUUGCUGUUUAAAAAUGAUUUCCUAACCCAUGGCGGUAUUGUUGAUGAGCACCACAAUAAAAUCAAGAAAUCACAAACUAUUGAACCUGA